AUGGCUCUUCAAGAAGUCACCAGCGCCUUCAUCAGGCGCCUCCGAUCCUCUCCUCGGCCCGCAUGUCCGGCAUGGACACCGUCAUGUCGUCCGUACGCGUCGGCAGUCGAGCCAGAAACACAUGAACUCGAGGUCUCUUCACACGAAUCUACCGCUGCUGAAGCUGCAUUGGAGAAGGUGUCUCAAUAUGAUCCGUCCAAGCACCCCAGCAGACGCAGCAAGAAUCUACCCCCUAGCAGGUGGGUUGCACUACAAUGGCUGAAGGUGGAACGCGUUCACUGACAAGACGGAAAGAUAUCAAUUCCGUCCUCCCAGAUACUACCGCGGCCCUCUCCAUCCCCAUCAGCCACCCAAAGAAUCCGAUAUAGCUUCGAGAGAGUUCUUCGCCGGUCCCUUCUCGCUGCCGCGGCUCGAACAGACCUACCAAACAACUUUUGCGCCAGAUCUGAUGACCCUUUUCUAUCAGCACUUCCCACCGGGUUACGAAGCACCAAAAAAGGGCGAGCGUUUGCGACAAUGGGUCGGAGACUCUCCAUACUUUAAGAACAGACCUUUGCGAGGUCCAAGGGGUGGAGAUGUUCUACUACCACUCCGAAAGCCAAUUACCCACAAGAACAUACCCAAGCUGGAGGGAGUAACUGUGCACACCAUGGUCAAAGGCGCCAUUGAAGACAGCGCUCACAUUCACGUGGCGGGGAUGAUAUUGCAAGCCAUCACCAGCAUUCGCGCAACCACGCACGCGACAAAAAAGAGCGUUGCAGGGUUUGGCUUCAGACAAGGACAAUAUCUAAGUGCGACCUGCGAGCUGCGAGGAGAGAACAUGUAUCACUUCCUCAGCAAGCUCAUAGACGUUGUUCUACCCAAGAUCAAGGACUGGAGAGGAGUUAAGGGCACGUCUGGUGAUAGCGCCGGCAAUAUCGCAUUUGGUCUGCAAGGAGACCAGGUCGCUCUUUUUCCCGAAGUGGAGGUCAAUUAUGACUCGUGAGUUUUUUCCCCAGGAACGCUGAUGGCAUUGCAACAAGAACCCUAACAACGAGCAGGUAUCCACCCAAGAUGAUACCGGGUAUGCACAUCAUCAUAAAGACUUCUGCCAAGACAGAUUACGAUGCGAGAAUGCUUCUCCAGAGCAUUGGCAUUCCAUUCUACGGCAAGAUGGUCGACUAA